ACUGCAAAGGGAUACAUUGAAAGUAAGCGUUCAGUGCAAACUCGGCAUCUGGCUCUGAAUUGACGUCUUAGUAUUCCGGCCUAGAAUCCCGAGAGUUAAGAGACAUAAGCAAUCAGGAACCAGAAGUCUCUGGAAAUACAUUGCAGACUGGAGCCCUUCUCAUCCUAGUAAAGGAAAGGAAGUCAAAGAGGCCAUUAAAUCUGCUGGGAGAAAAAAUUGAGUUUUUCUGUGUAGUACAAGUAUGGGUGUUAAAGGCUUGUAUACGUUUGUGGUCACUGCCUGUCCGGAUGGAUGCCUAGUGAUAAAUCUGAAAGAUAUGGCUGAAAAUCAUUGUAGGACUUAUCCUGGAUCUGUUCCUGUCCUUGUAGUAGAUGCUAUGUCUUGUCUUCGACACUGGUAUACACCAGAAUCUUGGGUCUGUGGGGGCCAAUGGCGUGAAUAUCGUUCUUAUUUGGACAGUUUCAUAAAUCGCUUUACAACCGCCGGUAUCAAACUAGUAUUCUGUUUUGAUGGCCUUGUGGAGCAAAAAAAGCGAAAUGAAUGGGUCAAACGAAGAUUGAGAAAUAACAAAGAAAUAGCUAAGAUCUUUGAGUUCAUCAAAGCCAAUAAACAGCAACCUGGAAGAGGAAUGUUCUUUAUACCAUCUGGGCUGGCCACAUUCACACGUUUUGCCUUGAAAACUCUUGGCCAGGAGACGAUAUGUUCAUUGCAAGAAGCAGACUAUGAAAUAGCAACUUACGCACAAAAGAACAAUUGCAUGGGGAUUCUUGGAGAAGACACAGAUUACCUGAUUUACGAUACUGUUCCUCAUUUUUCCAUUAGUAAGCUACACUUGGAUUCACUGGAAACAGUAAUGUACUCAAGACAAAAUCUCUGCCAUUGGCUUGGUCUCAGUGUCCCAGACCUUCCCCUUUUUGCUUGCAUCCUUGGCACAGACAUUGUCCCAGAAAGAGCAAUGGAAGGUUUUAGGAAUCAAUGUUUAUCUUCAUAUCGGGCAAAAAGGCAAAGCUGUGACAAGAAAGCAGAUGCUAUUAUUGCUGUGGCAAAUUAUAUUUCAACUAUUCCACAUGUUUGUGAAAGUUUGAUGGAUCUUGAAAAAAUGCUGCCUUUGGGAUCAGACAAAUUAAUAUUGCGCAAAGGAAUAGAAUCUUAUCUGCUACCUGAACAGCAUUCUCCGUGGCUUCCUUGUGACUUCAAGUCUACAUUACAGUUAGCAGAAGAGCAGAAGAAAGAUUUCCCUAUUUGUUUAGAUCAAGAGAUCUUUCAGAUAGCUAAAGAACAACACAUACGAGCUGAAAAUCAUAUGAUAUACAAUAUCCUAAGCCAUGCAGAAGUUGAAUGCAGCAACACGCUGGAAGAUGAAUAUGAUACAUCCCUUCCUGGACAGGCGCUUAUCUAUUGCCCUGCUCGCCAGCACAUUUAUUCCAUCCUGCUGGAGUCUGCAAAAGAUGCCGGUGGAGCUUAUCCUGUGGUCAAGGAGUGGUUUGUAUAUGCUGGAAAUUCCUUGCAGCAGCCAGACCUAGUGCAACCCAAACAGCUGCCAGGUGGCAAUCCUAAUUUGAGAACCUUGUGGCUCAACAGGAGUGCUGAGACUGAGAAGCAACGUCUUUGGACAUUUCUGGCAUGCUUUCAACUUCAAGAUUCAGCAGAGGAGCUCAGGGCUCUGGAAACUCCUUUCUUUGUUCUCUGUUCCUUGUUAUUCUACCUCGUUUUGCAAGUGGACAGCCUUUCUUUGGAAGACAUGCAUGCAUUUAUGGCUCAGGCUCUGUGCCUCCAGGAGAAAUCAGCCGCUCAGCUUGCAGACUUGCAGCUUGCCCAAAUUGAUUCAAGAGCAGUACAGCUUGGUUCUCUCUUUGUCCGGGGCCUUGGCGUGUUGCUGAUGGCCAAUAGUGCCUGCGGUUUCCCCUUUCAAAUGGAUGAUUUGAUGCCAUGGCACGUAUUUGAUGGAAAACUUUUUCAAGAGAAAUACCACCAAGCCCAUAGAGGAUGCCCUUUAUAUCAGCUCCUAGAACACAAUGAGUUACGAUGCACAAAGUUUCAUAAUCUAUUGGACCUUAUUUGCAAAGCCAGCUCAGCAAACGGGAGGAAAAUCCAGAGCAGACCAAGGCCAAGCAGCUUCAUGAUAAGGAAGCAUGGAAGGGGAAGAAGUUCUCACCGGAAGCUUCUGAGUAGAAAUCCAUCUCAUUCUUAUCAGCCCCAGGGCAGGGAAAGCCAGUGGAGAGAGCCUCAACCAACUGGUUCCUUCUCUGAAUUUCAGCCCUCAGGUUCACAAUAUAGACCAAGACACCAAUCCUUGAGGGGACAAUUCCAGUUUGCUCCUCGAUGGCCAAGAUGACGCUUCUCAAGGCUAUCAAUGAAUAAGAAGAGUUUGAGCAGAGAAGUUCUGUUCUUACAAUGUAUGCAGUUAAUUGUUUGAACAAAUGGGAGUUUUGAUUGAUUUGUUCUGAUUUGCUCUUAUGAUUUGCAAAGCUUAAUGAGGCACAAUAUCUCUUUCAACAAAAAAAGAUGGAAGAUGCCUUUCCCUUUAAAGUUGCAUGUCCUCAUAUUGUUGCACCCAUUGCCAAUAGGCUUUCUUCCUAAAUAAAUUGUUUUUCAAAAUCUACAACUCUAAAUAUACAAGUACAGGUGGUCCUUGACUUGCAGCCAUUCAUUUAGUAACUGUUCGAAGUUACAACAGCACUGAAAA